AUGAUCUCAUCAUCAAAUGCAAAAAACGAAGAUAGUGCCUCUUCGGAACUUCCUCUCCCAACACCAUCAUUAGAUUCAUCAUUCAAAAAGAAGGUUGUGGAGAGAAAUUGGCUCAACCAAGAAUCUGAAGGAAUUGAUGCUUUAGCAAAGAUUGAAUUUCUUCAUACAAUUCCAGGAGAGAAACAAUUAAAAUUUGUACCAAGUGUAAAGGGCAUAUUAACCAAUGCUGUUCACAAAAUGGCACUUCAACUCACUCAACAACAGGAUGAAAUUAUCAAUGAAGCAAUGAAUUUUUCUGCAACUAGUUUGAUUACACAAAGUGGAUCUAAAGCCAUGCUCAUGUCAAAUGCUGUUGGAGCUGCGGAAGAACAACACAGAGGAUCAAUAUUUGUUAGUUUGAGUAAUGCAUCUGAUUUUGAUCCGAAUAUGGGAUUUGAUGCUAUUAAAUCCAAGUUAACAAAGACUAAUAGUAUUAUCACAAAGGAUAUUCAGGAAAUGUUUUUAAAAUCAAUUCCUCCUUGGAAUUUUGUUACACCACACCAUAACUGGAAAGUAAGACUACAUGGAGAUAGAGCUGUUGGUAAAACAACUUUACAGAAGAGUCUUUGUAGAAUGGAUACCAAUAUUGAACAACACAGAAAUCAACAUUGUGAUACUGUUGGAUCAAUUACAACAAAUACAUUAAUACCAAUCAAAUGUAUUGAUUCUGUGAAAUGGAUAGAGCUAGAAGUGAUCGAUGUUGGUGAAGGAUGUGCUAUCAAUAAUCCAAUUUAUAAUUCAUUUGUUGCAACUAAAUCAGAUGCUUUCCAAAAUUUCCAAGUUACAGACAUUGACAUUGCCACUCUAGUGAAGGAAUUUGAUUUAAAGACUGCAGUAAUUGAGGAUGAUGAAGAGGAAAUUCCUACUACAAGAGAGGAUGUGGAGAGUGAACAAAUCAAAGGUAGGAAAACUGAGAAGAAAGGAGGAAUCAAAAGGAAAAUUGUAGAAUCUGAUGAUAGUAGUAGCAGUGAAGAUGAGUUGGACGAAAGGCUUGAGUUGACUGAUGAAGACGAUAUCGAAUCUCUUUCUUCCAGAGAUUCACCUGUGGUAGAAUAUGAUGACAAUGAUGAGGAGAUGGAAGAAUAUCCACAGUAUAAUAGAUUAUUGGAGAUUGAAAAGGCUAUUCUUGAUAAACUUGAAGGAAGGUCUUGUGAUCAGCAAUUGAUAAUUCACUCCAUUGAGAUGAAAAAUUUCAAAUCAUACAAGGAUAACACACUGGUUGGUCCUUUCACCACUGGAUUAAAUUGUAUCAUUGGAUCUAAUGGAUCUGGAAAGAGUAAUAUUAUCGAUUCGAUUUGUUUUGUGCUUGGAUUUGAGUCUAAAGAGUUAAGAGCUAAGAAUCUAGACUACCUCAUCAAUGAUCAGUGUUCAUCUGAUGAAGAGUCAUUUAAAUUAGCAGACUCAGAAGCCAGCAUAUUAGGAGAUAACUUGAAGAGAGUCCAAGAAUCAAUAGAACUCAAAAAGAAGCAGAGAAUCAAGAUAGAAGAUGAAAUAUUUGACUUAGAAACAUCCUCGAUUCAAAAAGAGGAAGUUAAUUCUCUUUUUUUAGAUACCAUAAAGAAAAUUAGAUCAGGGAUAGAUGGAUGUUUUGGAACAAUUCCAGAGAUUUAUAGAAUCACUGAUCAGAAAUAUGCAGUUUCCGUAAACUCAGUGCUUCAUCCUUAUUUAAAGAAUACAGUAGUUGUUUCAAGCAGAGAAGUGGCAUUGAAGGUAGUGAAGUUUUUUGAAAAUGAUCGUGCAGGAUUGGUCAGUUGUGAAAUUCUAAAUGAGCUGAAGUUGUUGCCAAACCAAUCCAGCACUAAUCCUUUAGAAUUGAAGCCACUUAUUGAAGUUCUGGAAUGUGAGGCUCAAUACAGACCCUUACUAGAAAAGCACACCCAAGGAUGGUUCAUUACUGAUUCGAUAGAAUGUGCAAUGAAAUACUCAUAUCAUAACGGCAAAAGAAGAAAUAUUGUUACUCUCGAUGGAAAGAUAUUUAAAAGCUUUGGAGAAAUAUCUUGCCACUAUUCCAAAGAUACUACCCCUCACCAGAUCAGUACUCAGUAUUCUAAACUCAAUACAAAUUAUUCAGAUCAUAACAAAGACAUUGAGUAUUUGUCUAUUUUGAAAAAAAAGUUUAAAGAUCUAGAGGAAAUAUGUGAAAGUCUCAUCAUGUCAAUGAAUGACAUUAAGCAAUCCAUAUCAGAAAAGGAAGUAUUAACAAGAAAUUAUCAAUCCCAAAUCAAAAAAAUUGGCUCUUCACUCUCAACUCUUUCCAGAAAAUUGAUAUCUAUCAAGAAGGAUUUAGAGAGCAAACAGGAAACCUUCAAAAAUACUAUUUUAGCUCCAACUGAGGAAGCAGAGUUAUUAGAAAUAGAGACAAUCAAGAAAGAAUUAGAAAUGAAAAUCCAUACUAUUGAGAGUGUCGAUAACAGUGGAAAUUCAUUGCCGAACCUCAAGAAAACCUUGUCAGAAAAACAAAAGGAGCAUACUGUACUCAACAAAGGAAUUAGAUUCAUUAGAAUCAGAAGUAGACUCUCUGAAAAGGCAAAAAGGUAA